GGAACAAUGGAUUUUUGCCUGUUUGCAAUCGGGUGGGUCAGGGAGGUGAUGUGCGUCGCCCAGAAGAUACGCGCACAUGCAUGCAGAGCAAACCCAGCAGCAGCAGCAGCAGGAGGGGGAGUGGGGACGGCAGAGGCGUCUGUGGUUGGAGGUGUGUUACUGAACUACAGGACUUGCUCUUUGGUGCCAAGUUCGACGGCCUGCUGAGAGGAAGAUCUGCUGUAAUUGCUUCUCAAUGAAGGCUCACCACCAGCAGCAGCAGCAGCUUUUCCCUGGAGACUUGGAGGACAGGCUCCAUGAAUUGGACGCGCUUCGGCUUUAAACGCCCGCUUUGCUCUUCUCUUCUGGUAUAAACCAGCUGCUGGUGGAGUGGGACUGUCGGAGCAUCAUAUCUUGGUGUUAGAGAUCAAAGAAAGAGAUUGGUGCGACUUGCUGGGAGUUUAAUCAUCUCGGAGAAGUUGAACGCGGAUUUCAACAUGAGCGAGCUGGAGGAUGACUUUGCCAAGAUCCUGCUGCUGAAGGAGGAAAGGAUACGAGACUUGGAGCGGCGGCUGGCGGACCGGGAGGACGAGAUCCAUGAGCUGAAAAGGAAACUGCACAAAUGUCAGUCUGUCCUGCCGAGCGCGCAACUUAUCGGACCCCGGACCCGCAGGGCGCAGGGCAUCUCCGCGGAGCCCCAGACGCACCAGGACCUGUCCAGGCAGGCGUUUCGAAAAUAUCCCAAGUCUGACUGGUCCAAGGAUUUGAUCAAAGAAGCAAUCUUGGACAACGACUUCAUGAAGAACUUGGAGCUGUCGCAGAUCCAGGAGAUUGUGGAUUGCAUGUACCCUGUGGAGUAUGGGAAGGAUAGCUGCAUCAUUAAGGAGGGCGACGUUGGGUCUCUGGUGUAUGUCAUGGAAGAUGGUAAGGUGGAGGUGACAAAAGAAAGCUUGAAGCUCUGCACCAUGGGGCCAGGAAAAGUGUUUGGAGAGCUGGCUAUUCUCUACAACUGCACCAGGACGGCCACUGUCAAAACUUUGACAAAUGUGAAGCUGUGGGCCAUCGACCGACAAUGCUUUCAGACGAUCAUGAUGAGGACGGGGCUCAUUAAACACACAGAGUAUAUGGAGUUUCUGAAAAGUGUUCCCACAUUCCAUGACCUACAGGAAGACAUUCUAAGCAAGCUUGCUGAUGUCCUUGAAGAGACACACUACGAGGAAGGAGAGUACAUCAUCAGACAGGGGGCCAGAGGAGACACCUUCUUUAUUAUCAGCAAAGGAAAGGUUAAUGUGACCAGGGAAGAGCUGCCCAAUGGGGAGCCUGUCUACCUCCGCAGCCUUGGAAAAGGCGACUGGUUUGGAGAGAAAGCACUGCAAGGGGAGGACAUCAGAACAGCCAGUGUCCUUGCAGCAGAAGCAGUCACCUGUUUGGUUAUCGAUCGAGAUUCAUUCAAGCACUUGAUUGGAGGUUUAGAGGAUGUUUCCAAUAAAGGCCAUGAGGAUGCUGACGCCAAAGCCAAGUAUGAGGCAGAGAAUGCAUUUUUCUUCAGUCUCAACUUAGCUGACUUCAACAUCAUAGACACUCUGGGAGUUGGUGGCUUUGGACGCGUUGAGCUGGUUCAGCUUAAGAGUGACGAGAACAAGACCUUUGCCAUGAAGAUCUUGAAGAAGCGACACAUUGUUGACACAAGACAGCAGGAGCACAUUCGAUCUGAGAAGCUCAUAAUGCAAGAGGCCCACUCUGACUUCAUUGUCAGACUGUAUAGGACAUUUAAAGACAGCAAAUACCUCUACAUGUUGAUGGAAGCAUGUUUAGGAGGCGAACUAUGGACCAUACUUCGAGACCGGGGAUCUUUUGAGGACUCGACCACCAGGUUUUACACGGCUUGUGUGGUGGAAGCCUUUGCUUAUCUGCAUUCCAAAGGUAUUAUCUACAGAGACCUGAAACCAGAGAAUCUUAUAUUGGACCACAGGGGUUAUGCCAAACUGGUGGACUUUGGCUUUGCCAAAAAGAUCGGAUUUGGAAAGAAGACCUGGACCUUCUGUGGGACACCGGAGUAUGUAGCACCAGAGAUCAUUCUAAAUAAAGGCCAUGACAUCUCAGCCGACUACUGGUCUCUUGGAAUCCUCAUGUUUGAGCUGUUGACCGGCAGCCCUCCUUUCUCUGGCCCCGAUCCAAUGAAAACCUACAACAUCAUCCUGAGAGGCAUUGAUAUGAUUGAAUUUCCAAAGAAAAUCACCAAAAAUGCUGCCAACCUUAUCAAAAAGCUAUGCAGGGAUAAUCCUUGUGAAAGACUUGGAAACUUAAAAAAUGGUGUCAAAGAUAUCCAAAAGCACAAAUGGUUUGAGGGCUUUAAUUGGGAGGGUUUAAAAAAGGGGACAUUAACACCUCCUAUAAUCCCUAAUGUCACAUCAGCAGUCGACACGAGUAACUUCGACAACUUCCCUGAGGACAAUGAGGACCCGCCUCCCGACGACAACUCUGGCUGGGAUGUCGACUUUUGAAAUUUGCCUCUAGCCACUAAAAACCAAAAGCAACUUUUCUUUUGCCGGCUUUUAUUGGCUUGGAAGCCAUCUUUGAGGACCUCGGUGUUUGUUCAAAUAAUGCAUUAAAAAUGAAAGAGGAGAUAUGGAAAUAGUGAUGGAUGGCAAACCCUCUGGGUCACCGAUAUGCCUUUUUUUCACUGUGGCUCUGGAUAAAGCAUUUAUAAUGGGACUGCUGUAGCACUUCCUCAGUGUUGUCUUUUACUCAAUUAUAUAGGUAAAGAAAGCACAGGGAUUCUUUGACAUUAACAUACGUACAGCAUAAGCUGAUACUGGAGCCAGUUUUUUCCCCUGUAACAGGGGAAGGUCGUUAGUGGAUGUAUAAAUGUGUAAUAACUUAUGUAAGUUUGAAAUCUAGGGAUAAUAGGACAAUGGGAAACAUGGAGGGUCGCUCAGAAAUGGAGCAGUCUUCUAGUCGAUUUUCUUUACAAAGUCUGUAUCCCUGCAAAUAAAUCUAUUUGCAGGGCUUUGGGAUAGCUUACAAUGUUAGUGCAAUUGCUGCCUGUUUUUUUGACAUGCAGCUACUUGUUACAAUCUAUGAUACUUUCCACAGAUGUACACACUCUAGUUUCCAGUGAUCAAGUGCUCAAGACUAACUUGAAUGUCAAAGAUUCUCUUCUUAUUUAGCAUAGCUGCCUAGCACAAUGCUAUGUGUGGCACAUAGUGUUUAAACAUACAAGUUACAUUGUCAUACAUGAACACAACCCUUAGAAAUGAAAUACAUAGUGCACCUCCUAUGAGAUUUAUAUUCCUUGAAAAGCACAAAAAGUGUGCAUCAGUGAAGAGAUGUGACUCUAAGUGCCCCGCUUAAAGCUUGUUGAUCACACACCUGCACAUAUGACAGCUUGGCUAGUAUCUCCAUGGAACAGUGUGUCAUUAUGCACUUAAGACCAUUAACUGAAAAGUCUGUUUUACACCUCAUUUUGAGUCAAUCCUUUAUUUUUGUUUUUUUCAU